CCCCAGCAGCCUGGAGAGCUUGCACACGGCAAUCUCAGUAACAGGAAAUUUCAUAAGUGCGUGGCUGCCUCUAGCGAAAGCAUCGUUGGUCACAGCUGGCUAAAUGUCUCACUGUUAUAAAGAGAAAGGUGCAGACUAAAUACUAUGGAGGAGAGGGAACUUUGAGCAAUAGCUUAAUGUGCAGCUUGGAAAGUAAGCUAACACUUCAUAUUCUACAGUGCUGGAUCAUUACUGAAAAUCUACUCCACAUACACAUGGAUUUUCACAACAGAAGCAGCAUACAGGCGUUGCGCUUUCAUUUCUAAUUUAUCUAAAGGUAAAAGAUGGUCAGUAAGGAACCAAGCAGAUGCCAACUCACAAGUACAGAGAAUGAAGCUGAGCAAGCAGCUUCACGAACACUGGAGAUGAAGUAUGCAUUGGAUCCAAAUAGGCAGAUUAGAAAAAGAAAUAAAGCCCUACAGGUGAGAUUUAAAGAUAUCCGGGAAGCUCAGAAUGAACAAGAAAAGAGACUUUCUGCAGCACAGCAACUGGACAAAAAAACAAUGAAAGCUAUUUCUUAUAAGGCAGCUUAUCGCAAAUACAUGACAGUGCCUGCACGAAGAUCAAUCCCAAAUGUAACCAGAAGCACAGGUGUGCAGACAUCUCCUGAUCUCAAAAAGCGGUAUCAGACAUUCCCUUUGGAAAGGAAGAAAGUGAAUGUCAUUAAAAUUGCUCCAACUGUUGACACAUUCAGGCGACAAAACAAUGAUUGGGCAGUUGAUAUUAAAGAUAGUGACCUCAAUAAAAAUUCAGGAGAACGUACUAUUAGCAGUGCAGACCGCAGGAAUCAAAAGAACCCGGAUAUCAGCUCACAUAAUAACUUCAUCAAAGUGAAUAAACAAGCUGGUAGUGACAGUUUUGAUGAUCCUAGCAGCAAAGAUCCAGAAAUACACAGUUACACUGAAGAGCCCUCUCACGUUUUAAAGUUGACAGAUUCUAAUCCAACUGAGCAAAAUUACCAGCUGUGCAAUAUGGCAAAAUAUGAUAAGGUGCCAUCAGAAAAUCAGAACCUUAAUCAAUCAGUGCUAAGUGAGCUACAGCUAACGGAGUUCACCUCCUUCCACUUAACAGAAGCCAACUGUGAACUUACGCAGCCUGAUUCUUCUAAUUCCUUUACACAGGACUCCCCACAAAAUACGACAACACAGGAAGUACAUGAGAGAACUUUGCAUCCAACCAGUCUGCAUUCUCUGCCCGUGAAUGGUCAAGCCUGUUCAGUACAGUCCCCACAAAGUGAAGAGCCCUCUGAAUCCAGUGUGUCAAAAAUUUCACCCAGUGAUGAAAGUCAAAGUCAGUCUAAUCAGACAGCAGUAUCUGUAAUGGAGUCAAAUCAACAAAUCAUGCCUCUUACAGAAGUAAUGGAUCUGAAAGCACAGCUGCAAAUAAUGGAAAACCUGAUCAGUUCCAGUCAGGAAACCAUUAAGGUGUUACUUGGGGUUAUUCAAGAAUUAGAAAAAGGUGAAGCCCUCAGAGAAGGACUCUCCUACCGAACAGGACAGGAUACUGCAAAUUGUGACACCUGUCGAAACAGUGCAUGCAUCAUUUAUAGGUACAGUAUCUCAAAAAUGGUAACCGCGGAACCAAGAUUUCGGAUCUUGACGGUUUUCGGGUCGGGCAGUUCGGGUCGUAUCAAGGGUCACUCGGACCACUCAGAGCAUGGGAUAAGACAGGCGCACAAAGCCGAUAAUUAUUCAGUGCGCCACUGCGCCAAUUCAGCACCUUGCAGAACAAGCUGCGUUGAACUGGACUUCAAGCAACAGGAGGACAAGUUUCAGCCUGUUAUGAGAAAACUACAUCCUACUGAAGAAACUCAGGUUUCAACCCUGCCUUACUCACAAGAAUUCUGUUCAUCUGCCUACCAAAAGCAAAAACCUAGCAAGACUGAAUCAAAAAAGCAUGGGAAAUGGAAACUGUGGUUUCUUUAAGUAAACCUAUUAAAAGCUUCUAAAUGUCAAUUCAAUUCAUUUGAAGUGACCCCUUUUUGACUGGUUUUAGAGUUGAGCUGAAUACUCAAUACUCAAAAAGUUUAAAAUCAGCCAGCAAGUCAUUAUAUGCACAAGGCAGCAUUCAGUUCAAAUGAUCCAUUUCAAAAGAUUUUUGUUCUAAUAAAUCACUACCAUGCAGGGGCAUGAAAUAGCGCACAUUUUUUUCUUAUUUACAGGUCACAGGCAAAGAGUAUACUAAUAAUUUAAAUUGAUAUAUUCAAACAUUUGUAUUAAUUCUCCAAAUGCUAUGAUUUGGCCCGUUAAUGUCGAGCUGUCGUUUCACAAUGUGCUAAUAAGCAAGAUAUUCUGAUGCCUUCACCCAUUAAAUAAUACAGCAAAGAAAUAGAGAAAGUUGUACUUUUAUAGGGUUUUUCAUUUUUAUGUUUAAUUCAGUAACCUUAAGUCAAGAGCAUGAAAUUAACAUUGUCAAGCACAUUACAGAUUAGGGAGGAAAAAGCACAAUUCUUCAAAUAGGCACGUCCGAAGAGAAAUGUCAGUGAUGCUUGUCAUAAGAUUUUUACUUGCCAAGUGAUAACCCUGUAAUUCUGCUUAUAAAAUAGAAUAUUUAACUUUAAAACCACACAAUGCUUUCCAAAAUCUGCAUUAUGUAUGAUUCAUAUGAAAAAUCUGAACUAUACCUAAAUGCACAGUGAUACAUCUUUAAUCAUUUCCAGUCGAUAGCUCUGAGUACAGGGUAUAUUUUUCUCCAUGAGGAAAAUUUUAAUCCACUGGUACUUGAAAACUAUGUUGAUUGGAAAUAUCGAUCGCAAUUGUAUAUAUUUUGUUUUUCCAAGAGGAAAGGGAGAGAGGAAUUAUUAAUGGCUAUUAUAAAAACUGUUUUUAAAAAAUGUGUGCAUUAUGUAAAGCACAUUAUAGGAAGCUGCAUAAAAAUGUAAAAGAUGAUGAUUUGAUUGCAUAGCAUUAAAGAGUUUCAUUGCUCUAAAUUAUAAAAUUAAAUGCUGUGAAUAAACCUUCACAGAACACAUAAAACAGCAUUUGUUAUAUGUACACAUUAGAGUUCACAAGUACUUUGCACUACAAAAAUAAUUCAUUUUCUUGUAAAAGUUUAAAGAGUCACUUGAAGUCAAAUAUUAAACUAAAGUAAUGAAACAAGCAUAUAUCGAACAGUAUAUAUAUGAAAUUGUUUAACUGUAAACACGAAUCAAAUAAAUCACUAUUUCGUA